CAUCCAUUUUUCCCUGAAGAGUACCCAUCUCCUUUAUGGUCGUACGUAAUGACGUAGGGGAGCGACCACCUCUACGUCGUUCCCGGCGUAACGCGUCAUAUCUUCCAACACAUCCGCCGCUUCCUGGCCGGCCCGGGCAGGCGCCUCAGGCCCCGCUCCACACUGAUCCGCUACCCGCACACUGUCAUCCUCCUCCGACAGAAGUCACGGCUCCUCGGCCCGCUGUGUGAGGAGCUGCGGCCGGUAUGAGCGGGUGAACCGGCGGGACUCAACACAUCCUCGGCAGAAGUCCCGGGACUCGCUGCUCGCAGAGUCUGGGCUGGAGCAGGGUGGACCUGAGGCGGAGCGGCCGUGGUGAUGGUGUUGGACUCAGGUGAAGUCUUCAUGGAUCAGGUUGAGGGUGAGAGUGUUGGGAGGAGCAGCAGGGACCUGUUGGAGCCAGAUGUCCGAGCAGAUCCAACUAAAACCCCCGUCAGCAGUUCUGCCGGGGCGCCCAGAACGCCGGCCAAAAAGAGCAAUGUCGCUAAGAAGGGGAAGGUGUCCCACAACGGACUUCCAGCCCAGACCAGCAGCAGCCAGGUAGAGAGGCGGUCUUCAUCAUCGAGAAGCGGGGCCACGCCUAGACCGCCGCUCCGCCGUCCCCUCAGCCUGGAGAUGACGCCCCAGCGCCUGCGAGGGUCCCAGGAGCAGAUGGCCGACAGGAGGAUCGUGCAGCCUCCAUGGCGCAGCGGUUCUGCUGCCCCCUCGCCUCCGGCCCGCAGCCUGACCAGCCCCAGCCUGGGCAGCGGCGGCUGGAUGCGUCGCAGCGAGAGCACCUGCUCGGUCAACUACUCCCUGGGGCUCCGGGCCGGCAGGGGCCAAAUGAGACCCGCCACCUCCCUGCCACAUAUAGCGAAGGGGUUGGGCGGCACCACGGCGCCGACGUCCUCCAGGCCCUGUCUGCUGGUCGCCCUCAGGCCGCUCAACCUCGAGCAGGAGAAGCAGACCUUCUUCCAGUCCGACUACAAGUACGAGCCUCAGUUUGAGUACAUGCAGCCUGAACCGAGGAGCGUGUUGGAGAAGUACCGGGACGGGUCGGGCCUCUUCCUCGAGCAGGCUGUUGGAAUCAUGGAGUGCGUCCUGAAGAAGUUCGGCUCCUACGAGAACUUCGAGGAGGUGACGGGUGGAAACAUCCUCCCUAAAAGUCAAGUCUGGGCCGCCGUACGCAAAUAUCUGCAGAAAGAAGGCUGUGUGGGAGAGGUUGUGGUGCGUCUGUCUGACGAGCUGCUGUCUCAGGCGGUGAUGGUGGUGGAGAGCUGUCGUCCCACUCUGACCAUCAACCUGGCCGGAGCCCGGCAGCACUGGCUGGAGGGGAUGCUGAGACACGAGAUAGGUACACAUUAUCUGCGAGGCGUGAACAACAACCUGCAGCCGUGGUCCACCUCCGAGGGCAGGAAGCAGUUCGGCCUGAAACCGGCCAAUCCCACGGAGGAGGGCCUGGCCAGCCUGCACAGCGUGUUGCUACGGAAACAGCCCUACCUGUGGCGCGCCGCUCUGCUCUACUACACGGUGUACCACGCCACCAGCAUGAGCUUCAGCCAGCUCUUCAGCCACAUCGCUCGCUUCGUCCAGGACCCGGACGUCCGCUGGGAGUACUGCCUGAGAGCCAAGAGGGGACAGACGGACACCUCGCAGCCCGGCUGCUUCAGUAAAGAUCAGGUUUAUCUGGACGGGAUCCUCCGAAUCCUUCGGCACCGACGCAACAUCGACUUCAAGACGUUGACGUCUUUAGGAAAGGUGUCCUUUGAAGACGUGGAGCGGCUGAGGCAGCUGGCGGUCUUCCACCGGACCAGAAUUCCGCACUUCAUGCGAGACCAGGAGCGGUACCUGCAACACCUGGACCACAUCGUCGCCGUCAACGAGCUGGACGACUCAGCGCUGCAACACCUGCUGCCCUGACCGUCCUGCCUCCACCCGACCCCACCCGACCCCACCUGACCCCACCUGACCCCUCACCACCUGAGUCCAAGAGGAAGAAGAGGAAGAGGAUGAUGAUGCAGGUACACAGACUGUAUCAGGUGGUGCGUGAACAUCAUAAACAUCCAGUAUUAUCGAUGCUUUAUUUGGGCGAUUUUUUUGUAAAACUUGAAUGACGCGAACAAAAGGGACGUACACACGAACACCUCUAUCUACAUCCUCACUUUUGUCCGACUGCAUGUUAAUGUGGCUUUUUUCACGGAGCCGAGUACAGUUCAAGUGCCCCCCGCCCCCCUCGCCUUUACUCCUACUAUGAAGUUACCUCAAUACUGCAACUCUACGAUGUAACCAACAUUAUAUAUGUAGACUCGUACAUAAUCACCGCAUCCAGCGCCUGUACAGGACACGCCGCUAACAUGUCGCGUACGGACGGAAACAUUCAUAAUCACACGCUUUAUUUAUGCAAUUAUUUAAGUUUUUUACUUUGAGAGAACAGACUGAAUGUCUCUGGUAUUAGCUUUAUACCUUUUUUUAGACAACAUUGUUUCAUGCCUUAGAUUGUUUGCAUUUCAAAAAAAGGUCACCAAGGACGAAAACAAACAAACAAAAAAAACCCCUGAGGAAGACGUAACGGAGUCCACGAAUCUGUAAGUUAUCAAGUGCCACUGGACCCGCUCAAGUAUUAAAAUCUCCUCAGGGUGGUUUUUAAAAUAUCAGUGUUAUUAACGAGCGAUCAGCUGUGUUGUUUCUGUCUUAAGAGUCCUUGGUGGUCUUUUGGUAUCAGUAUGCUACUGUGAUGUGACCGUCCCCAAGCGCCCCCUCUGCAGCAACCAAAUUUUCUUUUGCAACGUUAAAGGAGUAGUUGGAAGCUGAUUCGCUUUCUUGCAGGAAGUUAAAUGAGAAAAUUGAUGCCACUCUCAUUUCACUGUACUUUCAACACGUCGCUGAAGCCAGACAGAAAGUUGACUCACCUCCCCGGACCAGCGACGGUCCGGUCCGAGCUCAGAAACUUCAGGUCUAUGAUGAAGCCACACGCCUGGUGCUCUUACAGAGAAGCGCAGGGACGAUGUUUAGUUGUUUAGUAGGCUGUUAGCAUCACAACCACAGAAGAAGUUCGUCGUCUUUUCAGUUCACAGGUUAGAGAUGAAGCUGUGUUCGUCUGUCUUACCGACCUGCCGUCAGAAUGUAACGCUCGACCGAUAAAGCAUCAAUAAAUAAGGGAGGUGGACGUGAGCACACAGUCGUCCUGCCACUCGAUUGUUUACCAGCCAUGAAAUGAUCGUAAUGUUUUUACCGCCAUGACAGAUCACAGGAGCCAUUGUGCCCGUUUUCAGUCCUGAUGCUGAAGUUAACUGACUGCUGGCUGUAGCUUCAUAAUUAACAGACUAGAGCUGCAACGAUUAGCUAUCAGCUGUUACAUUAAUUAUUAUCCUGAUUGAUUAAUUCAGUUGGAGUAAUUUUAUUUAUAAAACUUAAAUGUGAAUAUUUUCUGGUUUCUUUCCUCAGUGACCGUAAAUUUAAUCACUCAGUGAUGUGGCCUUAAAUUAAUCUCACUAUGUUUUUAAGGCUAUGAUACACAAUGUCUAUCUUAAUACUUAAUAAUCUCCUGUAAAUCUCUUCAUAAACGACUCAGUGACAAUAUGAACACAGAAGAGUCUGGAAGGUUCAGUAAUGACACCACUUUACUGUCAUGUUGACGAGCCCUCGAUUUGAAUCUGAACAAAGCACUUAUUUUAUCAGGAGCUAAUUGAUUAAUCGACAGAUAAAAUCAAUCGUUGCAGCCCCGUAACGGACAGAAACGAUGGUGGUGUUGAUCUGUAUCCAACUCUCUGCAAGAAAGCAAACGAGCCAAUGUACCAAAAUGUAGAACUAUUCCUUUAACGUGUAGAUAAAGUGCCAAAGUGGCAUUUUGAGAACACUGUUGGGUUGUUCUGAGAAGCGGCCCGUCAUCGUAGCUCCUCAUCCAGACUUGAGUCUCUGGCUGAGGAGGAAGCCGGGUGUUGUGGGCGUGCCUUCGAUGGGUGUAGAGCUCAUCCGCUGUAGCUAGCCGUGUGUUCGUAGGCUGCUUUUUACCGUGUUUGACACUUAAAAAAAAACAAAAACUUCAGAUGUCAGUCAGGGCAUUCAUUUUGGGCCAAGCCGUCUGUGAGCAGAAUUUAAACCAGGUCACAACAGAGACGAUGUGGACUAAACGGCGUCCGCAGUCCCAGUUUUUAACCUAAAAUAACCACUUGACCAAAAUGUGAAUUCUACUUCUGUGAUGCAUUUUAAAUACUUGGAUUUGAAGAUGUUAUUUAAAUUUACUCUGCUGUGUUUACAGUUUCAGCCAUUUGGUAAGCAGAUACGUUUUAAAUUUGAGCAGGUUGUCGUCUGCUGACCUCACCAACCUCGGCCUGGAUUCGCAAAAAGAAUGCACCUCUUUGUAACGCACGAAUGUUGCACAAGUGUUUUAUGUUCUGGGAAACACCUUGAAUUUCCAGUUUAUUUAUUAAAAAGUACACACACUUGA